AUGUCGGGCCGACCCAACUCGUUCUACGACUACUCGGCAGCUGGCGGCUCAGCGGCCGACGCCUACAACACUCCGUCCGCCUACGGCGCCGACCAGCCCUACGCCGGCCAGCAUCGCCCGCAGCACAGCACAGCCAGCCAGAGAGACCCCGCGCACCUCACAUCACCCACCAUGGCACCCGCCACCGCUCCUCUGCAGCACGAGCAGGGCACCGGCACCGGCAUGUACGAGUCCAGGCCGACCCAUUCCAACGGCUACGCCAUGGCCAACGACGACGACGACGACGACGAUGAGGAUGAGGACUGGAACGUCUACGACGAUUUCAACAUGACCCGUCCGCUGUCGAGCGUACCCAACCGCGACUCGAUGAGCGGACUGCAGGCCAACCAGGAGGGCUACUGGGACGCAUCGACGCCCGGCACCGCGGGCGGCGACAGCAAGGCGGACCUCCAGACGCCCUACAGCGACUACCCACAGCGCAAGAGCCUGCUCAAUUCGGAGGCGUUCGGCUUCGAUGUCCGCAACGCCGACCCGCGGCGGAGCCUGCCGCCCGUCCAUGCCGGCAUGGGCGGCGGGGCGGCCGACGGCAGCCGCGAGGCCAACCGCGUCUCGAUGCUCAGCGGCGCCGGCCCCAAGCACGCCGACUCGACCACGGGCAUCGAGCUCAUCACCGUUCCGGCGCUGGGCACCGAGUUUUCAAAGGAGGAGAUGCGCGACAUGACGCGCAAGACCAAGAAGAAGAAGAAGAGGCAGGCCAAGAAGAGGAGGCUCGGCAUGUGGGCCAAGGGCGACGACCACCUGUGGGGCUGGCUGAGCCCGCGGGUCGCCGUCUUUAUCGCCUUUAUCUUCCUCGCCAUGCUGGGUGUCAUGCUGUACUUUGUCAUCCCUCGAGUGCCUUCGUUUGCCUUCCUGACGACAAACCCGGUCACGGCGGUACCGGACGGUGCAUCCAUGAAGGUCCACCACAGCCCGACCAACUUUAGCAUGACGAUGGACCUCAACCUGCGAGCCGACAACAGCGACGGCUGGAUCCCGUCGGUGGCCAAGGACAUGCAGGUGACGGUGUACGACGCGACGCAGAACAAAAAGGUGGGCGAGGGCAAGGUGAAGCGGAUGUCGUUCCCGGGGCACAAGCGGACGGUGUUCAAGUUCCCGGUCGACUUCAGCUACGUCAGCCUCAACGCGACGGGCGAUACGACGUUCCUCAACUUCUACACGGCCUGCGGGCCCAAGCAGCCCAAUACGCCGCGGCCCUCGCUCAACCUGCGCGUGGUGCUCAAGUUUGGCAUCCAGGGCCUGAUCGGGUCCAAGGGCAGCUCGACGACCGUGGGCAACCUCGAGUGCCCCUUUGCGCUGCAGAACUACGAGUAG